CUCGUUAUGGCAUAUUAUCCCUCGUGGGUGGCGGACACGUUCCCUCCAGAGAAAAUCGACUUUGGGCGCUUUGACUGGAUCGACUUUGCGUUCGCGGUACCAGGCGAGAAGUUUGGCCUCAGCUGGGACGGGUCGGACCAAGCGCAGUCUCUCCUCGCACGCUUGGUAUCUGUGGCUCACGCGAAGGGCAAGAAAGUGAAACUGAGCGUCGGUGGAUGGACGGGGAGCAAGUGGUUCUCGCCUGCUGUAUCGAGCGACACCAAUCGGCAAACGUUUGUGAACAACAUUCUCUCUGCGUACAACCAGUUCAACCUCGACGGGAUCGACAUCGACUGGGAGUAUCCCGGGCAGGAGGGCGCGCCAGGCAAUCGCGUCAGUCCGGACGACUCCGAUAACUUCCUCGCGUUCCUGCAGCUCUUGCGCACGACGCUGCCUCAAGGCGCGCGCAUCACCGCCGCGACACAGACCCAGCCGUUCGCGAGCGCGCAGGGCAGCCCGAUGGCGAACGUGACGGAGUUCGUGCAGGCGCUGGAUUGGAUCUUGAUGAUGAACUACGACGUCUGGCAAGCGUCUUCCAAUCCUGGGCCCAAUGCGCCGCUGAGCGAUGCCUGCCAAAACUCGACGCAGCCCAACUCGAACGCAGACAUGGCCAUCCGUACGUGGACUGCCGCAGGGUUCCCCGCGGAGAAGCUUGUGCUCGGCGUUCCCUCCUACGGCUAUGUGUCGAAGUCGACCGCGACGCAGCUGCGCACGCGGCAGCAGCCCGCCAACGACACCGACAGCACCAACAACGGCACUGGCACGAGCGCGCCGCAGGACGCCGUGCAUGUCAAGUCUGAGGACGAGGGCCAGGUGCAGUUCAGGGACCUCGUCGUGCAGGGCGCGCUGUGCCCGUCGGCCUCGCCAGGGGAUUACGACGCGUGUGGUGGGUUCGUACGUGCGUGGGACGCGUGCUCGAACACGCCGUGGCUGAGGAGCGAGAGCGCGGGGCAGGUCAUCUCGUACGACGACGCGCGCAGUCUCCAGAUGAAGGCAGAGAUGGUGCGCACACACGGGCUGCUCGGCGUGAACAUGUUCGACGUGCACGGGGACACAGACGAGUGGGCGCUGGUGGAUUCGCUGAGGAAGGGCCUG